UAUCAGUUGCACAGCGGAGCCGCAUCUCCGUCCUUGCAAAACCCUCCAAAACCCCUACCGGAAAAUUGAACAAGCCCACAAGGAAUCGAGCUAAAAUAUGGCUUCUGCAAGAUUGUUCGCUCUCCUAGGACCUUCAUUUCUACGUAACUCCCGCAAGUCCGCUCAAAUUUCCCCAAAAUUUGAUAUAUUUUGCUUCAAUCCUUCCACACGGUUCAGGUGUUCCUAUUCGGCGGCAUUUUCUCUCGAUUCUGUAGCUUCUAAUCUCGCUACUGGGGAUUCUCCCGCAGCUCCUGCCCAUCCGUGGCCAGAAUGGAUCAAAUUUGUUGACAGCUUGAAGGCUAAAGGCUACCUUACUCAAAAGGCAGCUGCUUCGGAAGAUGGUGACAGUGGUAGUAAUAAUGCGGGGGCUUCUGUUUACAAUGAUAUGAAGUUGGUUAAGGACGCGUGCUUGAGCUUCGGACGCGAUCGUUUUGACAUUUUCAAAUCAUUAUCCACUCAAGAUAUUCAAACAGUUGUAGAGAAAGGCUGUCCUACUCUUUAUCGAAAAGCCGUUAACUCAUCAAAAAGGUUGAGAGCAUAUCUGAAAAUUGAUGAAGCAGCUGUUUGCGAGCCAUGCAAUUUUGUUAGGUCAUGUGAUAGAGCAUUUUGUCUAUUAAAAGAUGGUGAAGGUGAUGCACGAACUGUAGAUGUGGUCCGAAUAUUACUUAUCUGUGCAUUGCAGUCCGCCACUGUUUUUGGAGAAAAUAAACUGGCAGAGAGAGAGAUUAUCGAAUCAUCCGCAAGGAAAUUGCUCUCAGAGUUGAUUGAGCUUGGAGAUACACCUCGUGACCCUAAUAUUCAAGCUCCUCCUUCGACUCCGCAAAGAAAGAAGUCCUCUCGUUCUUCAGAUGGUGAAAACCCAAAAUAUGUUUUUGUGACUUCAAAUGAUUGGCCGUGCAGCAAGUGCAAAUUUGUGAACUUUGCGAGAAAUGUGAGAUGUCUACAAUGUCAAGCUGAGAGACCAAUAAGUAUAGGUGAUAAUAGUCCUGAAAAGAAGAAAGGGGAUUGGGAUUGCCCUAAGUGCAAUUUUAUGAACUUUGCAAAAAACACGAAAUGCCUGAACUGUAAAACUGAGAGGCCUGCGAAUGAAAGGAAGAAAGGAGAUUGGGAUUGUCCUCGGUGUACCUUCUUCAAUUAUGCAAAAAACCAACAAUGUUACAAGUGUGAGGAGCCGCGCCCUCAGAGGGAGCUAAGACCCGGGGAUUGGGAAUGCCCCAAAUGCGAUUUCCUGAAUUUCGGUCGGAACACCAUCUGCAAGAGAUGCAAUUUUGAUCGGCCCACACCUUCAGUGUUGGACAACAACGAUGAUCAUUUGUGGAAGAAACCUUAUUGAGUUCCCGCCAGUCUAAGCCGAGCAAUGGUGUUGUGCGUAGAGAUACACAAAUAACGGGAGUGCAUACGUAAUUUUGGGCCGAACCAAAAGUGGUAAGUAAUUAAGUUGCUUUGAGUUGAGUUUAGGAUUUUUGAUGCAAAGCUUGUUGUAUUAACACACCUUCUUUUGUGUUAGAAUUAUUUCCAAUACAUGGAGGCAAAUUUUGGGUUACUUGUUUUUGGUAUAUGCUAAGGUGAACCACAUUAUACA